CAUCGGGAACGGUGUGUUUGAUCUGCGCCUACUACUGACGAGGAGUGAAGGAUACGUGAAGUGACUGAACCUACGGUUGAAACGUUUUCGUUUUUCGGUGAAGUGCGCGAACAAGCGAAGCGAGAGACUCUGAUUAUUCUUUGACAACUGGGACCGGACGUGUGAGAUUGUUUAUUUACGCAAUAAAUCCUGCAACCAAUUCGGGAAACGCGAUGAAGGAAACGAACGGCGUGAGCGGUGUUAACCACGCAGACGAGCUGCAAAUGGCGCUGCUGAACGGUCAGCAUCCGCAGCCGGCCAUCGAAGGCGUUACCAAGGCGAUGCUGCUCGGCGGCGAGUCCUCGCCCGGUGACCCGCAGCCACCCGGCAAGGCGGAUGGCAACCAAAUCCAGGCUCUGCUGGAGCGUCACGAGGGGGCACCGCAGGGUGUGCCGAGCGGCGUGGGCCGCUCGAUGCGAUCCUUUUCACCGAUUAGCGGAGUUUCGAAGCUGCUGAAGAACCUGUAUCUGUGCGGUGGAAGUGCCGCUUCGGUCGCCAUGAUGAAGCAGCUGGGUGUAACGUUCGUGAUCAACGUAACGAUGCCCACCGAACUGACCGAUACGCCGCUGCCAGCGGCCGACACCCGCUACCUUCGGCUUCCGGUGAAGGAUAACCGCGAGGCGAACCUGGAGCGCUACUUCCACGAGGUGGCCGACAUGAUCGAAGAGGAAUCGAACGCGAAUGGCGUUACGUUGGUGCACUGCGUGGCCGGCAUUAGCCGGUCGGCCACACUCUGCCUGGCAUACCUGAUGAAGCACCACCGGAUGUCGCUGAAGGACGCGUACAACCACAUCAAAGCCAAGCGACCGCAGAUUCGACCGAACGUGUCGUUCGCCAAGCAGCUGAUGGAGUUCGAGCAGCAGCUCGUCCCUGAAGGCAACCAGUCCGUCGCUCUGGUGUAUUGCCACGCACUAGGCGAGGAGUUGCCCGACAUCUACGAGCCCGAGUUCCGCACGAUGGAGCUGCUGUACCAGAAGUUUCGGCGAAACAUUGCCCGGCGCUAGGAGCCCCCCCAUAGGGGUCCGAAAUCAAGUCGCGCUCCGCGACGAUUCCACUUAUUCCCGAUCGUAAGGUGAUCGCAUUGGUUUUACAAUAACGCGCGGCGGGGAGGCCCCUUUACCAGUGGGACCUGCUCGUCCGGCGCAACUCUACUGAUUUAUGAUAGUAUUCUCUAAUCCUACUUACCCCUAAGACGGUAUGCUACUCCAAAUUACUCACUCGCGGGUUGCGGCCCACCAGUUUAGCCAGUUAAGCGCAACGCAACAAGAGACAGGAGGACAGGCAGGAGUGUGUGUGAGUGUGUGUUGGUGUGGAGUAACACGAAUCUAACAGACAGUUUUUAGUGGGAAGGGGAUCACGGCACCCCCUUCGAUCGCACGGUAGUUUUGCACCAGCGAGUGUAGCACCAGGGAAGCGUCCAAAGGCCAAAGAAACAGUCCCACUGAUCCGGACCCAGUGUAAACAUUGCUGUGAUUGGAAGGUUUAAAUGAUAAGGAGGGACUUUUCCCACCCCUGCACCCCGACAGGGAAGGACACUUUCUGGAGCUGGUGGAGAGCUGGCGACGAAGGACGAAGGAGCUUUAGGUUUAAGUCUUACCGUAGCAUAAGCUUAGCGCGGAUACCCGCAGGACGAUUUGUCACAAAACCAAAGUAUAAAUAUAAUAUUCAACA